AUGGGUUACAUCAGAGUAAACGAAGAAGUAGUGAGAAAUAAGAAUACCAUUUCCAGAGUUAAGCUUAUAAUAAAGAAGUUAAUGAGGAGAGUAGAACUCUCUAUAUUCAGACGGGAACUUGAAGGCGACUAUGGAGAAUAUACUACUAACAAAGUUGUCGAUGGUUAUAAUUUCGUGGGUUACGAUGGAAGAGUGGUGGAAGGUCAUUUUCCAGUGCUGGCUAUUGGCGGAGAUCAACCGCCGAAGAAGUUUUUUGUUGGAUUAAGAUACUUAAACCAUCCUGCAUUUGUCAAGUUACUUGAAGAAAGAGAGAGUAAGUUAGGAUUUGAUCAACAAGGUGUUCUUGUCGUUCCCUGUCAAGCAAGUGAGCUUCAAAGUAUCUUAUCUUGCGUUUGA